AUGUACUCAGCGUACAACUUGAAUGAUUCGGUCGGCUAUCUGUUCCGGGUUCGCUCAAUCGGUCUAGCGAAUCUCCACAGUGAUUGGACAGAUGUGGUUGCCGUUAAGAAGGCGCAAUCGCCUAAAACUAGCCUAGUCACUGUCAGCGGACUGAAGUGCCAACUGGUGGAACAAACGCCAUCCGACCGUUCCGCCAAGAACACAGAAGUAGAACUCUCGUGGAACCCCGUCAGUCUGCCGGCCGGUGUGCAGUUGGUUCAUUAUCUGGUUAAUUACACCGGCAACAGCAUUUUCCUGGAUGCCGACGGUCACCGGAUAAGAAGAGUGCAGUCAGAGCGCGAACAGUCUCUUCGCGCACCGGACACCUCGUCUGCAGGUUUGGUCAAGCAUCGGCUGGUUGGACUGCAACUAAACACAGUCUACAACAUCGACAUUACGCCGAUAUUCAGGACGGAGGGGAAACCGGAACUGGUGCCAAUUUGCGGAGUGCCCAAAUCAGUGUUCUGCAGAACACAAGCAAAGCCGCCAGACUUUGUGCCUCCGCCUGACUUCCUAUUCAAACCACGUGCUGUGGACAGCGUUCUCACCUUGUAUCGGGCCAGUGAGGAGGCCGGCUCAAUAGCCGCCUAUGAGAUCAUUGUGCGGGACGCGAUCAACGGAGGUGACGUGGAGGAUACAGAGGCUAAGUCCAUCCUGCUGGCACGGUUCCCUGCAGUC